CUUGUUUUUUACUUUGCUCCGUCUCGUGCAGGAAUCUCUCACAUCGUUCCAAAUUGUUAUUUUCUUCCUUCGUUGCUUCUUUUCGCUUGUUCCCAAUUGAAUUACUCUUUGCUCCAAGCAACCCUAUCUUUUUCUACCUUAAAUUCUUACUGUAAGAUACUACCCUCUUUUGUUUUUCAUUGGAUUAAACCCUAAUUUUUUUCUAUUUUAAACAUUGUUUUAUUUCUCUAUAGUUUUUAUUGUGUUUCUCUUUGUAAUUUUGAGUGUAUGUUUAUCUUUUUUUUUCCCUACGCAACGAUGAAUGUUCCAUGUCAUUAGAACAACCUCGCGAAAUCAUAUUCAACAAACCCUUUUCUACCUAUUUUGUCUCUCAAAGUGUGAAUGUCUGCAACCUGAUUUGAUUAAACUCCAUGUUGUCUUUAUUUUGCAGUUGAAAAAGAAUUUGGAGUUUGUUGUUUUUCUCUUUGGAUUUUGCUGUCAAAAUAUUAUUAGGUUUGGUACCAAUUUCACUCUAAUAUGCCCAUUUGAUUUCUUUUGCCUAAGUUACUUUCAUGGAUUGAUUAAAUUAAACCAAUAUCUUGUAUUGAUGCUAAGAAAAUUUUGGGAAAGUUUAGCGUUUACUGCGUUUGUUACGUUUUGCGUCAUUGCUUUAUUUGUGUUGUUGAGUUUAGGUAUUGUUUUUUCUUCUACAUUUACAUAGUUUUUCCUAUUGUAUGAAAUCUUCACAUAAGGAUGAAAAUCAAGAUUAGCACACUUGUGGCAAAUAAAGCUAUAGAAUGGGUGAUGGAAUUUUUAUUGUUUUAUCAUCCAUUAGAUUGCCCAAUUUGUAAUCAAGGUGGAAAGUGUGAUCUUCAGGACCAGUCAAUGGCCUUUGGCUCUGAUCGUGGUCGGUUCACUGAAAUGAAGAGAUCUAUGGUGGACAAAAAUCUUUGGCCUUUGGUGAAGAUUGUGAUGAUUUGCUGCAUUCAAUGCACAAGGUGUGUUAGAUUUGCAUCAAAGGUUGCAGGGGUUUAGGAUCUUGGGAUGUUAGGUCGUAGCAGUGGAAAAAAGAUUGGAACAUAUGUUAAAAAACUCAUGACAAGUGAACUCUCUGGAAAUGUGAUAGACAUACGUCCUGUAGGAGCAGUCACUUCAAAAAAAAUUGCAUUUAAAUCCCAACAUUGGGAGUUGAAGGGCAUAAAGAGCAUUGAUGUUACUGAUGCAGUUGAGUCAAAUAUUCGAAUUGAUAGUAGAGGACCUGAAGUCAUGCACAUUGUUCCUCGUUUAAAUGAGGUAGGUAUGGUCUUUGUACCAAGAAAGUAUAUCAUGGGGAAUUUGGAAGAGAGUCUUGCAAUUGGAUCCAUGUUCUAUAAAAUUCUGAAUGCAAGUCUACAAGAUAUUCUAUUUACUGGGAACUAUAAACUUUGUUCUAUAUUAGAGAAUUAUUUUGUAAUUUUGAUUUGUUAAGAGGAAGAAACAUUAA